GUGUACAGAUAAAAGGUGACCAUACUAGAAGUGACAGGUGUCAGGAAGCAUCAGUCAGGAAACCACCAGGGUGCCACUGUCGUCAGAAAACUGAGAGUUAAACCCUGGUGAUUUAUUAUCCUAUCCAGGCGACAUUUUGGGCCACGCUACAACAAGUUUUACCAUCGUAAGGAAACUUUUAAAUUAGAAGCCAUGUCGACUGGAGACAGUCGUGAGGCCAUCCGCCAGCUGCGCGGAGGGAUAAACGGGGUUUUAGACGUCCUGCACGACGUGGUGGAUCCUGGGAAGGAUGAGCUGCUCAUCCAAGUCUUCAGGAGGAAGCUGGAAACUGUGGAUGAAGGGAAGUGGAAGAACAUCCGUGAACAGUACAUCUCUGACGACGGGAAUAAAAAGGACCAGGAAAUACAGGAACCGGUCAACGGAAACUCGUCGGAUCCAUGGAAACUUUUCAUUGAUCUCAUCAACCGCCUGGAGAAAUGCAAGGGUGCAGUACUGGCAGAUGUCACGAAACUGUCGGAAAGGGAAGCAAAGUGGCUCUCACAAAGAGAGUUUCUUCAACAGGACGCAGCGGGCGCUAGAGCGGCUUUGUCCAGUGCAAAGUACAAGUGUGAUCAGUUGGAGAAGGAACUGAAGACGUCAAAAGCCACACUCGUCAAAACACAGGAAAUCCUGGUCGAGAAAUCCAGCGAGAUUGAAUCUUUGAGAAGAGCGGGAACGGUAGAGAUUUGGGGAAUGGAGCAGACGAAGUUUUCCAACGAGGCGGCCCAAAGGGAAGAGGAACUGGUGGCCAAACUCAAGGAGGUCGAGAGGGAGAAGGAGGAUAUAAAGGAAAGAUUACAGAAGAAAUUACGGGACCAAGAACACCAAUUAAAGCUGUUGAGAUUGAAGGAUGAGGUUGCAAUCAGGAAACCAAAGGAUGAAGUUGAACAAGACUUGGAAGAUACAAGAAGAAAACUGUUCAAAACAGAAAAGGAUCUUCUGAACGCAGAACGAGAAAUGCAGCUACAACAAAAGUACUUUGUCGGCUUCAUGAGGGGUCUGCAAAGAGAUUUCAAAAUCCUUCUGGAAAGGAGAGAACAAAAUGGCGGCGUGGCAGCCCCAAAGGACAUCAGGAACAUGCAGGAGAAGCUGGACCAGAUCCAUGAUGCAGCGCGGGAGGGUAAAAUGGCGUACCUCCGGGCAGACAUGCCGACUCACUACCUGGCACUGGACAAGGACCUGGGGGCGCACCCUCUUGGAAACAAGUUGUCCGCGAACUUUAGAAAUGGGUUAUUGGAGCCGUUAAGCGCGACUCGACCGAGCAGCAGCGCCUCCAUGCGGAGUAAUACAGGAGGGUCAACGCCAAACGUCUCCCGUCCGACUAGCAGCUACCUGCGACCGGAGGUCAAGAACGGGCUCAAGACCUCCAGUACGCCAAACAUUAGGAUGGAAGAGGAGCAAAAAGAGAAAGAGAAAGACCACCCUGACUUGGUGCACAAGAUGACAGGAAGAAUAGACAUGAUAGCCGUGAAGGCACAGUUCCCCUACCUGCUGGAACAGGAAGUCCGGGAGCACUACCAGCACUUCAAGCAGUACGAUAGAAAUAACGACUUCCACUUGGAUCUAGCCGAGGUUCUACAAGCCUUGACAGCUACAAUAGGGUACAAGUUCACGCCUUUACAGAUUAAGGAGGUGAUGUCGGAAGUCGACCAGGAUGGAAACCAUUCCAUCGAUUUCUUCGAGUACCUGACGAUUUCACAAACCUUGAUCAGGAAAGCAGGAAAAGCGGAGCUGUUUAAGACAGAACUGGGCAGAGAAGAGGGGCGAGCAGUGUCAAAGAUGUGCGUCAUUCAAUAGAGAACACUAUCUCUGAACUGUCGGCUUAAAAACAUCGAGGAGCCGAUGCCAUCCAUGCUGUGAUGUACAAACUACGCCUAUAUAUACUGUACAUAGAAACUGAAAUAUAAGUCUUCCAUGCAGAACGCCUAGCCUGUGUUCACACAAUCUCUCGCUGGCUGGGUUAAAUGACCCCCUCCCCCUAGGUGGUGGCAACUGUAAGGACGGCCGCUAGGAGCGAGAUUUUUAGUCAGGCUAUGCGCUAGCAGAACGCCACACUUCAUGCAAGAGACGUGUGCUACACCUUUGUUGUCAGUGCACUUGCAUGUUUAGUCACUUUUCCAAUGCAGAUGUAUAUAACGUUAUGUUUAAGUAGAUUGACAGACAUAGUGAUCUCUUUGUGUAGUGCUCUUUAAUGCCCCACUGUGGCCAGGCAUUGCCUUCUUCAAUCGAAUUCACUUAUUCGAUAGAUGGGAUGAUAUAAAGACAUUCUUUUGCACUACUAGUACUAUACGAGCAAUGCGAUCGACAUGUUGAAUAGAUUAUGCAUUUCAAUUGUAAUUUUCACUUGAUUGUUCUUGUACUGCUCCAAGCAGCAAAACCACAAAGUUCAUUGACUUUUCCGGGAGUUUAUCCAUAUUGUGAGGUGCACAACGUAGAGUACUGAACUACCAAAUAU